GUACGCUGAGAGGGAGCGUCUGGAAAGACAGAUCGACUCGCUGCGCCAAGAAUACGAGGUCAUCAAGAAACAAAUGGAGGAGUUAGGGCGAUCUGUCAAACAAGGAGUGUUAGGUUCAAAAAGAGCGGCAGCAGGAGUAUGUAUCAGCAGUCCGCCGGAGGCGCCUGCCAGGGGCAAGUCAAUAGUAAUUGGGGUUGGCACUCCUACAUCCUACGACUUCGAGAAGCUUCUGAAGGCUUACAACUCUAUGAAGGAGGAGAAGCGGAUCUCAGACAUGGAGGUGCAAGCUCUGAAGGAGCGAUUUGAGAAGGCCGUGGCCAAGUUGGUUAAACAAGGGCGGACUCCCCGCUCGAAUUUAACCAAACGAAUCUACGAGGCGACGGACGAUGAAGACCUCGACAAUCAUGGCAGACGGGAGGAGAGGCGGGACGAUCUAACAAUCAGACCGUCACCACCAAAAAGGACUUUCGGACGUCUCGCCAAGAAGGCUGCAGCUACAAAAAGGGCGGAAUUCUUGAAAGAAACCAAGAAGUACCUGAAGCGACUCAAGAAGCACGACUUGCAGUUGCUUUGUGGAAAGGAGGGCAUCACAUUCAUCACAUGUGAGCAGGUCAUCAAUGAGAUCGCCGAACUGCGCACAGCCCUGGCCUUCGACGAUCGACAGCAGAAGAGAGCUCGCUCGAUUCCUGAUUCCGAACCAGACGAUAACAGGGAUGAUGAUCACGACGGUGUAGGAGGCCACGCCACUCAGCCAGUUGAAGUUGAUGAGGACGAGCAGAUCGUUGAUGAAUAGGGAGACGGCCCGAGCAUUCGAACGGCCUGGAAGCUCGUCAACCGAUGUCUUCUUCUACGGCAAUCACGACAAGGAUUGGUGGAUCUUGAUCUGGACUAUCUAUAUCGCAUACUUAUCAUCUUUCUUAUCCUCUCCCAACAAAUUGCUUGGGUGAUUAAGUUCUCAGACCACCUUUCCCAACUUCUACGUAGUGAUUACGAUUUCCAAGAUUCCCCAGGACCUGUCGUCUACUGCCUAAUCUCCCUUUUGGUGAAUCACUUUUACAUCGGGUGCACAGCAAGGUCCGUACGUGUUAGAUGGAAUGAACACCUGUAACGCGC